AUGACUAUUGAGCUUGAAGAACCUCCAUUGACUCAGGAUAACUUGCAGGUCUAUAAGGAUCUUUUUGGUGGUACCGUUGGUGGUAUUGCCCAGGUGCUCGUGGGUCAGCCAUUUGACACUGUCAAGGUGAGAUUACAGUCUGCGCCAGAAGGCACCUAUAGCGGCGCUGUAGAUGUCAUCAAGAAGCUUGUUGCUAAUGAAGGUCCAAAAGGUUUUUACAAGGGAACUUUGACACCUCUCGUUGGUGUCGGUGCAUGUGUGUCCGUUCAGUUCUCAGUUAACGAGUUCAUGAAGAGAUACUACGACAAUAAGUUGCAAGGCCAACCUUUGUCCCUUUUGCAGUUCUUCAACUGUGGUGCUACUGCUGGUUUUGCUAACGGUUUCUUGGCCGGUCCAAUUGAGCACAUCCGUAUCAGAUUACAGACACAGACUGGAAACAAUAAGCAGUUCUCUGGUCCAAUUGACUGCUUGAAGAAGCUUACACAGCUGAGCGGAGUUCAGGGUGUAUUUAAGGGUUUGGCUCCAACAUUGGCAAGAGAAUCUAUCGGUUUAGGUAUCUACUUUGCAACUUACGAGGCAUUGAUUGCUAGAGAGUUGGGCAACAAGAUCUAUCCUACAAGAGGUGACAUCCCAGCCUGGAAGCUCUGCAUGCUUGGUGGUUUGUCCGGUUAUGCUUUGUGGGGAUCUAUCUAUCCAGUGGAUGUCUUGAAGUCUAAGUUGCAGACUGAUUCUUUGUCAAAGCCAGCCUACUCUGGAUCCAUCAGCGUUGCUAAAGACAUUUUCAAGAAGGCAGGCAUUAAGGGUUUCUACAAGGGUUUCGUUCCAACCAUUUUGAGAGCUGCCCCAGCUAAUGGUGCUACUUUCGCCGCCUUCGAGGUUACCAUGAGAUUCAUCAGUUAA